AUGCAACAAAUUUGUUCAAAUGUUAUAGAAACUGAAACAUCAACAUCUUUUGUGACUAAAAACAUCUCUUCUGUAUCAUCAUGUUCACCAUCAUUAUCAUCAGAUAUUAUUCUUGAAUCUGAAACAAUAUUAAAUCGAACAGUUCGUUCAUUUGGUCUUCUUCUAUGUACAUUUUUAUUACUAACUAAUUGGCUACGUUUGGGCAUAUACUUAUUUCCAAAAUUCUAUCCAAAUAUUAUACAAUAUUCAUCAAAUUUAUGUUUUAUACAAAGUUUUUCUCUUCAUGUUUUAACAUUAUUUCAUUUAAAUUUAACCAUUGGUAUACGUCUUCUAUGGCAUUAUUGUUUUAUAUUCAAUAAAUAUUGGCAAACAAUAACAUAUCGUCGUGUAUUAAUACUUUUUCUAUGUAUUUUCAUUGGUUCAUGUAUAUUUACAUGGCCAAGUAUAAGUGAUGAAUGGGCAUCAAUUAUAUUUGAUCAAAUAUUAAAUAUAUGUAUUGUUAAUUAUAGAUUCCGUGUCUCAUAUACAUUUUUUGUUUUAUCAUUUACUUGUAUAAUUCCAUAUUUACUAUUAAUCAUAUCACAUAAUCGACAAAUGAAAUCUAUGAAACAUCGAAUGUUAAAAUAUUUUUCAACAUUUAAAAUUAAUCAACAUAAACAAAAAUUGAAUAUAAUUCGACGAAAAAGACACUUUCAAUAUGCUUCAUAUAUCAUUCUCAUCUGGUCAUUUAUUAAUAUUCUACUUUUAAUAUGCAUACAUAUACCAAUAGAACAUGGAAUAAUAAUAAAAUCUAUAAUAUAUUAUGUACAAAUAAGUGCGUUUCUUAUUGAUCCAAUUUUGUAUAUAUUUAUUUUUCGUUCUCUAUCCAUUAUUACUUUAUUACGACCGACUGAUGAAUUUGAGUUUUGA